AUGGCUUCGAUCCAGUUCACACUGUCUCCUACUUCUUCCGUCCGCUCCUCACCAUCUUUCGCAUCUUCCCCUUCAAACCCCAUCACACCGCAGUCCUUUACCACCACAAAGGAUGUCUCUACUUUACGUAAGUUAUCAUCAAGACCAAAGAAUGUGAUGAAGAGGAAUGACAGCAGAAACAAUAUGGUUUUUACUGUGAGGUCGAGCUUGGACACAUCGGGUCCCACUGCCACUGUUGGACAGGUUACGGAGGUCAGCAAGGACACUUUCUGGCCCAUCGUUAACUCAGCCGGCGAUAAGACUGUCGUCCUCGACAUGUACACCCAAUGGUGUGGCCCUUGUAAGCUAAUAGCUCCAAAGUUCCAAAACUUAUCCCAGAAAUACGAUGAUGUUGUAUUUUUAAAACUUGAUUGCAACCAAGACAACAAACCACUGGCAAAAGAGCUUGGCUUAAAGGUGGUACCGACUUUCAAGAUUCUCAAAAACGGCAAGAUCGUUAAAGAAGUCACUGGGGCCACUGAUGCCAAAUUCGAUGGUUUAGUUCUUGCCAUUGAGAAUGUCAGAUCCAGCUGA